AUGGCACCGUCGUGUUUCGAGGUGAUACUCGUCGGUUUCAUCCUUGUGUUACCAUUCCUCUACGAGAUGAGUAGGACCUUCCGUUACUAUUUCAAAUUCCUUCUCUAUUAUGGAUACGUAAUGAUCAGUUCGCUUGCGCUACUACCAAUUAUGAUGUUACGUCCGUGGAACGUAAAGAACUUUAUAUUAGCAUCAUCUGUGUGUUCCUGUCUUACUAAUUUCUUGGGAGUACGUUGGGAACUUAGGGGAAGAGAACAUUUAGAACAAGAUAGAGCAUGCAUAAUAGUAGCAAAUCAUCAGAGUUCUUUAGAUAUAAUGGGACUGUUUCAAAUAUGGCCAGUAAUGGAGAAGUGCACAGUUAUAGGAAAGAAAGAGCUUUUCUACGCAUGGCCCUUUGGUUUAGCUGCCUGGCUUUGUGGUUUAAUAUUCAUAGAUAGAAUGAAUUCGGAGAAGGCCCGUACAGUUAUGAAUACUGCCACAAACCACAUUAAGGAUAAAAAGAUUAAAUUAUGGAUAUUCCCUGAAGGCACUAGGCACAAUACUGGUGAAAUUCAUCCUUUCAAAAAAGGUGCUUUUCACGUUGCUAUUACAUCUCAAUUACCUAUAUUACCAGUUGUAUUUUCUUCUUAUUAUUUUUUAUCUUCUAAAGAGAAGAGAUUUGAUUCUGGUCAAGUUAUUAUAACAUCAUUACCACCAAUAUCUACAAAAGGAUUAAGUACAGGUGAUAUUGAGCAUUUAAUGCAAAAAACACAAAACGUUAUGACGGAGGUUUUUCAAACAACUAGUCGCGAAGUUCAACUUUCAAGCAAUUCUGCAGCCUCUUAG